AUGUUGUUUUUGAGAGGGUUGCCUGACCCAACGGUUGUAAAAUUAGAGCGUGUUGGAGUAGGUGCUCUCAUCUUUGAGGUGCAAAGAAGUUCUAGGUCAGAAGCCAAAAAGGAGGAGCUUCGCAGGCAAGAAAUGGAGGGAAUGAGGCAGCGGGAUGAAGAGUUGUUGAAAGAGGUGGAGCUUCUUAAGCAGAAACUUGAAGAGCUUGAGCAGCUAGCCAGGGGACGAGGCCUUUCCGGAGUUUUUAAUUUUAGACAUGCUAAUACUGAAGAAGGGAAGGUGGCUGAAACGAUGCAUCCGAAGGUUGGGUGA